AUGGCGUCCAAGAAGAUAUUCUUGAUAAUAUUCAUGUUAUACAUCAGUAAUGUACGCAGUGACAGUUUAAUUGAGAGAUCGUAUGAGUAUUUUAAGGGUUUAAGUAAAAAUGUAGCGCCCAGUUUGAUGUCCAUUUUGAACUGUUUUGGUGAGGAUGACGCUUGGUUGUGUGCGAGGGAAAAGGCGGGAAAAAUUCUCGACAGCUGGGACGAGGAGGUCAACAGACAAAGGAGGUCGUGGCAAGAGGAAGCCGAUAAUGAAGUGUCUUCAUCAGGGCGGUCGUUUGAAGAGAUGCCUUCGAAACUUGGCCAGGAGAUCGAGGGUGCUUUGAUAUCAGCAGGGGACCUCCUACAACACUCCAUGGCUAGAGCGCUGUCUAAACGUGACAGCAUCAGCGUAAAAAUGGACAGCAAGAAGAGAAUUGAGAAGACACUGAAGGACCAAGGCCAGAAGAAUGAGAGAAGUGUUAGUUUUAGGAAUGGGAGAGGAUUUUUGGGUGAUGUCUGGGAUUUGGGUGAAAAAGCAUUAGAUGUUGUAGCUGAUCAUGCUAUUGAGAGUGACAAUGAAGAAAACGGUCUUGUAGAUAGAAGUUCAAUUGAAGAACAAAGAGGCAAAAAGAAGAAAAAGAAGAAGGCGAUCUUGAAGCUUCUUAUUCUUGGAGCUGUGUUGAAAGCGAAAAUCGGAACAUUACUUCAAAUAUUAUCAUUUAAACUACAGGUGAAGUUCUUUAUAAUCGCUCUCAUCGGUCUUGGAAUUAACCUCGCGAGGUUCUGGGUCGAGCUAAAGAAUAAACACCAACAACAACCACAAAAGGUGAUCUACUAUGAACACGCUCAGCAUCAGCAUCACUAUGAACACGAGGAGGAACCAGGAUGGGGUCCUUGGUCCAGGAGUAUAGAACCAGAGGAAAACGAAGGUGAAUUGGGUGUCAAAAAUUCUCCGUACAGAGGUCAAGAGAACAACGUACAGUCAUACCCAACUAGACCCCUCCUAACACUGUCAUGA